AUGACCUGGGACCAAUUCCAGCUCCAGUUUCCGAUCCCCGAGGAACUCCUUCGCGUCCCUGACGGCAGCUCCAUUGCAGAGGCAGACGCGGUGCUGGCGGAGAACGGUCGAACAUAUCACGGGUACAAGGAGGGGAAAUACUUUCUUCCCAAUGAUGCUGCAGAACAAGACAGGCUAGAUUUUCAAUACCAAAUGUUUGUGAUGGCUCUGGAUGGAAGACUAGCGCUUGCACCAAUGACGACGUCGCCUGGAUUGGUGUUGGAUGUUGCAACCGGAACCGGGAUCUGGGCAAUUCAGUUUGCCGAGCAGAACCCAGAUUCUCACAUUGUAGGCACCGCCCUGAGCGGAAUUCAACCAGUGAACCGGCCCCAAAACGGCGACUUUAUCAAGACUGAUGCCGAGGAUGAAUGGCUCUUCCCCGGACUGCCCAAAUUCGACUACGUACACCUGCGUCUCGUCUGUAUGGCCUUUGCCAACCCUAAACUGGUCCUCCGUCAUGCAUGGGAGAACCUGGCUCCGGGUGGCUGGAUCGAGUAUCAUGACAUGUACCCCUGCGCCAUGUCCUAUGACGAAAGCCAUAAAGGAACUGUUAUGCAGUAG